GUCUGGAUUCCCACCAUGGCCUGGGCCCCUCUGCUCCUCACGCUGCUCACUUACUGCACUGGUUCCCUCUCCCAGGUUACUCUGACUCAGCCGCCAUCAUUGUCCGUAUCCAGUGGAAACACAGUUAAACUCUCCUGCGCCCUUAGCAGUGGAUCCACAUUUGGAGAUGUUAUGUGGUACCAGCAGAAAGAUGGGAACAGCCCAAGAUACCUUCUGAGGUACAACACUGACUCCGACAAGUACCAAGGCUCUGGGGUCCCCAGUCGCUUUGCUGGUUCCAAAGAUGCCUCUAAUACAAUCGGCUACUUAACCAUCACCGGGGUCCAGGCAGAGGAUGAGGCUGAUUAUUACUGUGCUGGAGCUUUUGGCAGUGCCGAGCUCGUCUGGAUUCCCACCAUGGCCUGGGCCCCUCUGCUCCUCGCGCUGCUCACUUACUGCUCAGGGGUCAGUUCGCAGCCCGUGGUGACUCAGGAGUCUUCGAUGUCAGUGACCCCAGGAGGGGCUGUCACUCUGUCCUGCAGCCUGAGCACUGGAGCCAUCACCACCAGCAACUAUCCCUCCUGGUACCAGCAGAAACCAGGCUCUGCUCCUCGGCUGCUUAUAUACAGCACCAAUAGCAGACCCUCCGGGAUCCCUGCCCGGUUCUCUGGGUCCAUAUCCGGUAACAACGCUGCCCUGACCAUCACCGGUGUCCAGGCAGAGGAUGAGGCUGACUAUUACUGUAUUAUAUGGACUGGUAGUCCUGUGGUGACUCAGGAGCCCUCGAUGUCAGUGACCCCAGGAGGGGCUGUCACUCUGUCCUGCAGCCUGAGCACUGAAGCCAUCACCACCAGCAACGCUCCAGGCUGGUUCCAGCAGAAACCAGGCUCUGCUCCUCGGCAGCUUAUAUACAGCACCAAUAGCAGACCCUCCGGGAUCCCUGCCCGGUUCUCUGGGUCCAUAUCCGGUAACAACGCUGUCCUGACCAUCACCGGUGUCCAGGCAGAGGAUGAGGCUGACUAUUACUGUAUUGUAUGGGCUAGUAGUGUGAAUCACAGUGAUCCAGCCAGAUGGGGAACUGAGACAAAAACCUCCCCUGUCUUCCCCCCGUCAUCUCCUCCUGCCUGGGCUCUGCACUGGCUGCACAGUUCCCUCUCCCAGUUUACUCUGACUCAGCCGCCCUCAGUGUCAGUGUCCAUUGGCAACACAGUUAAACUCUCCUGUGCCAUUGACAGUGGAUACACAUUUGGAGAUGUUACAUGGUACCAGAAGAAAGAUGGGAACAGUCCAAGAUACCUUCUGAGGUACAACAAAGAGUCUGACAAACACCAAGGCUCUGGGGUCCCCAGUCGCUUUGCUGGUUCCAAAGACGCCUCUAAUACAAUCGGCUACUUAACCAUCACCAGCGUCCAAGCAGAGGAUGAGGCUGAUUAUUACUGUGCUGCAGGGAUCAGUGGUGGUGCUGCACAGUGA